CAAAGCCCAAGGCUCCCCCUCUCGGUGUAUCUACCGUUUGCAUAUUCUUUUUCUUUGUUUCCCCCUUUUUCAUCAUCAUGACACUGACCUCCAAUCACUAAACCCUCAAAUGCUUUCAUCGUCCCUUCUGUUCACAUUCUUCUUCAAACCCCAACUCAUUCGGAAGGGUUUCUUGCCCACAUUGCCAUUUGGGUUCUUCAAAUCCAUCCGGAUUUCACUCUUUUUGCAGUAAAUUGUUGAUUUCACCAAAAAAAUACAAUCUUUUAGUUAGAUUUUAACAAAAAAGGUGAUAUUCCUAGGGUAAAUUAGCUACAUUUCAAGAAUGGGGGUAUCACAUUCAAAAGGAGAGAGAUGUGAAGCUCUGCGUUUAUGCAAAGAAAGAAAGAAAUUCAUCAAAAAAGCAAUCGAUUCACGGUAUGAUUUUGCAGCAGCUCAUCUUGCUUAUGUUCAAUCACUUCGUGAAAUCGGUAUAGCCCUACGUAGAUUCGCAGAGGCUGAAGUGUUGUUAGAUUCAUCUCCCCCCACUGAAACUGACAAAACCCCUGCACAUUCACCACACCCAUCACCGUCUCCACCGCACACCGUCGGUGCUGAUGCCGGUCCUAGCGGCAGUCCACGUCAGCUUCCUGAGUCAAGAGUGAGUUACAUGAGGUCUGGUGGGAGUAAUGCAGUGACAGUUAGUCUUAACCCAUCUGUGAUCGAUAUUAGCUCUAGGGUUUAUGUAGAUGAUGUCGAUUCGAUGCCGUUCGCAAUGCCACCGCCCCCACCCCCACCCGAAUCAGCAUCUUCUUGGGACUAUUUCGAUCCGGCUGACGAAAACGAGAGCUUUCGAUUCGUGGGUCAUGAUGGGUUCCAUGUGAAUUUCGAUGAUAUGAGCGUGCACAAACAGUUUAGCGUUAAAGAUUCUGAUAUACACGAAGUGUCUCAUGAAGGGUUUGCGACACCUCCCGAACCUACGAAAAAGGAUGAUAAUUCGGUUGCUGCUUCGAAUAGUGAAGCGAAAACGAGUGAACUAGAUGACGGAGGUGAUCCUGCUGCUGGAGCUUUGAUGUGCAGAACUUCUCAAGCGGAAUCGAACAAGGAUAGUUGUUUGACCGAGGGAGAAAGGGAGGAUCCUUCGGAGUUUAUUACACAUCGCGCUAAAGAUUUUCUUUCUAGCAUCAAAGAAAUCGAGAGUCGGUUCUUUCGCGCUUCUGAAUCUGGGAAAGAGGUUUCGAGAAUGCUUGAGGUGGAUAAAACUCGCGUUGGUUACUCCGAGUCUAAAGGUAGCUCAACCGCAUCAACUCUGUUGUGCGUUAAUUGUUAUAAAGGAAAAACGGCACUUGUUUCACAUGAUGUGGCGAAUAUCAUUACGUGGAAACGAUCUGUGUCAUUACAUUCAUCGUCUUCACGAAACCCUCUGGCACCAACGUCAAAAGAUGUUAGUGAUGAUAGUGGAAGCGAAUUUCUUGAAGAGUUUUGCAUGAUCGCGGGAAGCCAUUCUUCGACUCUUGAUAGACUAUAUGCAUGGGAAAGGAAACUCUAUGAUGAAGUGAAGGCCAGUGAAUCCAUCAGGAAAGUGUAUGACAGAAAGUGUGACCAGCUUAGACACCAAUUUGCAAAGGAUCUAAAAAGUCACGUGAUCGAUAAAACACGUGCUCUUGUGAAAGAUCUUCAUUCAAGAAUCAUUGUUGCACUGCAUACCGUUGAUUCCAUAUCAAAACGGAUUGAGAAAAUGAGAGACGAAGAGUUGCAGCCGCAGCUUUUAGAACUCAUUCAAGGAUUAAACCGGAUGUGGAAAGCGAUGCUGGAGUGCCAUCACGCGCAGUAUAUAACAAUCUCAUUAGCUUACCACUUGAAGAAAUCAAAAACUCAAGAAGAAACAAAGAAGCAGAUUAUGGACGAGCUUCAACACAAGAUUGAAUGCUUCGGUUUAAGCUUUGCAGACAUGGUCAACAGUCAAACCUCAUACGUCGAAUCAAUCAACGGUUGGGUCCAAAACUGCAUCAUUCAACCUAAACAAAGUACGAAACGACGUGCCUUUUCCCCUCGACGAACCACGGGCCCACCUCUAUUCGUCAUUUGUCGGGAUUGGUCAGCCGGGAUCCAAGGUCUGCCAGCUCAGCAACUGAGCGACGCCAUCAAAGCGUUUUUGUCUCAUCUCCAGCAACAUUCGGUCGACGAACCCGAGACGGGUUUGAAUGGAGAGGAGGAUAACGGUGAAGAAGCGACGCCAAAUGAUGAUGAGACGUCGGUGAAACUGCGGUCGAUGCAUGCGAGUUUGACUAAAGUUUUGGAUGGGUUGACCAAGUUUGCAGAGUGUUCAUUGAAGAUGUAUGAAGAUAUUAAGCAGAAAAGUGAGAAGGCUCAAAAUGCUUAUUCUAAUUACAGGCCACCAAGAGCUUAUAGUAUAUGAAGUUCAAACCUUUGAAAUCCCCAUGUGUUUGUGAAGAUUAUUAUGCUUUACUUUUGUUGCCAGCAGGUUACGGUUAUGGAUUCUGAUUUUAAGUUUGGGUUUUAUUUAUUUUUAUUAUUUUUAUUUUA